AUGACCGGGACAGUAGAUCUGCAAUGUACAUUUGAGGUCCAGUAUAACUUUAAUGAACUGUGUCUUUAUAAUUUUAAUUCUUUUUUGAAAUUUGCCUAUGCACUUAUUAUUUCCAGGAAUCACCCUACAAGCCCACUGCAGCAACUACUCAUAGCAUUGAGAUUUUAUGCUACAGGGUGCUUCCUGAUAGUAGCUGGUGAUUUUGGAGGCGUUAGUACAAGUACUGCCUGCAGAAUUGUUAAAAGGGUAUCUUCUGCGAUUGCCAAUUUGAAACCACAGGUCAUAAAAUUUCCCGAAGGUGCAGAAGAGAUAGAGCAAGUCCACAGGGAUUUUUAUGAAAUUGCUCAAUUUCCUAAGGUGAUUGGAACCAUUGACUGCACCCAUGUGAAAAUUUUCUCUCCAGGUGGAGAUGAUGCCGAAAUAUUUCGGAACAGAAAGGGGUAUUUUUCUAUAAAUGUGCAGACAAUUAGUGAUGCACGCCUGAAAGUUAGAGAUGUUGUUGCUCGUUGGCCAGGAUCCACGCAUGACACAGCCAUUUUUCACAACAGCCACAGAAGAGCAUUGUUUGAAAUUGGUCAAUAUGGGGAUGCUUUCCUCUUAGGAGACAGUGGAUACCCGCUAAAGAAUUACCUUCUGACUCCUUUUUUGAAUCCCCGGACCAAUGGUGAAGUAACGUUCAAUGAAAGGCACGUAAGAACAAGAAGUACAGUGGAACGCCAGUAUGGGGUGCUCAAGCGGAGAUUCCCCGUACUUGCAGUGGGCAUGCGUGUUUCUGUCGAUACAGUCAUGGCAGUGAUUGUGGCAUGUUGCGUUCUCCACAACAUGUGUGUCGAAAACAAUGAAGAACUACCUCCUCAUGAAGGAGUUCCUGCUGAACUGGAACUAGCAAUAGCCAAUGGACAGGUGCCCAUCAACAUACAUGAAGUUGAUAAUCAGUAUGGAAAUACCAGGGCAUUUCUUGCGAACAAUUAUUUUAACAAUUUGUAAUUUGUAAAAGUAAAUUUACCUAAA